AUGCCUUCAGACAAACGUCCUUCUCGCGAUCGUAAGAUGCCUGAAAGGCUCAAUUCUCCAUCCGUUCAAAUCGAAACCUCCACCCACAGCCAGAAUUUCGCAGAUGCAUCUAGCACACCUCCACCAACCACUCCCAAUUAUGCUUCUUCUGGUUCAUCAUCUUCUGCUCCAUCAACUCCAACUCCUCUCGUCAGAACCGGAGGUAGAGAGUGGAGAAAGACGGUUAGAGCUACCUUGCCUUCAAGAGCUGAAGUAGAACACUUAUCCGCAGAGCUCAGUCAAGAAUCUAGAGCUUCGCUCGCAGCAGUUCAGGGUUCUUUCGCGCCGGUUCCCAUGCCUCAAGAUGGAAUGCCACCUCCCAAGCCUGAAGACGAAUAUGAUGUCUAUUCGCCUUGCUUUGGAUUGACCCAUACACCAGAGUGGGAUGAUCUGGGAAUUGAUAUUGAUGACCAUUCCCAAGGAAGAUGGUUUCCACCUGGAUUGAUGGCACCUCCUUCUUACGAUUCCCUUUCUAGCGCUGCGAAAUUCAUGCUAUUUCAAGAAGUCACCAAGAAGAUAUCAUUCAAAGACCUAGUCGCAUAUCUGAGCAUCACCGGCGCUCAACUGGAUGACUUCAGAGAACUAUACAAUUUGGAGACUUCGCGAACCACAUUGGAAGAAGAUUUCAAAGGAGUUAUCGUGGCGCGAUUGGAUGAUAUUCAUAGAAAUGAGAGGCGAUUGGUCACAGCGGAAGACUUUGACCUGAUUUGGCGUGAAGAGGUCGAAUCAAAGCUCCCACCAACAGUCCUUGAGUCUCCCAUCCCGCUCUUGGAAAUUGGCAAAGCUAUCGCGUUUCUUCAAAGUUGUCAUGGCUCGCAAAUGUCUGGCAACAUGUUGAACAAUGGCCAGCGUUCAAACAAUGUCGUCCUCUCAUUAUCUGAGGUCAAUGAGAUAAUCGAGGCAAUGAGAAAAUACAUCCGGCUUGGUGAAGGCGUUACCUAUGAUUUCUCUCACAAUUUGGGCUUCAGAGAAUACCUUGUGAAUGAGAACAAGCUUGUCAGCAGUGCUCAAGGAAACGACCCUCCUGCCCGCGAGGCUGAGGAGGCAGUUCAGCAUCCCAUCGGUCGACCAAAGAAGCGAGGCAAGCAGUUCCCAAAUAAGCCCCUCCGGAACAAAGCGGAUCUUUUGAAGAUGGUCUUGCCAUCUAAGUUGCAGCAAAUGGAGAACGUUGAGGACGAGGCUGGAAAGGAGGCUAGGGGUAAGGCUGCGAAUAAGGGAAAGGGAAAGAUGCUUUGA